CUCAGGCUUGUCAAGAGGCAUCUCGACCAACUGCCGGCAAAAUCUGUUGUAGCUUUCUGCCAUCCAAGUUGGCGCAUGCUACCGUGCUUCUGCUCUGUACAGUCCUGACUUAUGCACUAUACAAUUGGAAUGCCGUCUGUUGGAGCGGCACGUCUCCCUGGAAGAAACAAGGAUUGAUUGCUAUUCUAGUAUGCGCUCGGAUGUCAUCCUUUCACCAAAACCAUUUGCUAAGUGCAAAUAAUACAUGUAACACACGUCGUUUGCUUCGAACUGCGGCGGCACAUUGGAUGUAACGCCCGCUGCUCCAUGUACGGCGGCUUCGAGCGCUGGCUCUGGACUUUACACGCCCGGCUGCAAAACUGGGGCCACAGGAGUGUCAGCACUAACGAUAUAAUGCUGUGUAGUCGUGUGGCUCGCCUUGCGCGCUUUGUCACGAAGGAUUUCCGCUUGCUUGCUCGCGCUAGUCCGGACGCGAUCACCCGUAUGCGGGCGCGCGAGAUCCACUGCGCAAUAGGUUGCAAUGUGUACAUCUCAGAGGGGCGCAACAGACCGCUCAUUGUCAGCCUCCAGGCCGAGGCUGAGACCACCCCCGGUGUCGUACUCGCACAUACCUUUGUGGACGAGCCGUACAAUCGUACGGGGUUCACAUUCGUGAGCCAUAAUCCCGACCAGCUCGCAGCAGCAGUGGUGCGGCUGAGCCACUCCGCGCUGCUUCAACUGGACCUGCGCACCCAUGCAGCCAGCCACCCCCGCCUGGGCGCAGUAGACCACAUCUCGCUGCACCCCCUGCAACUGGGGAGCCACCACGGGUGUGCCCCUGGUAACAGCAGCCGCAGCCGCAGCCGCAGUGGGAGCAGCAGCGGCAGGGAUGGCAGUGCCAGCAGCGGUCAUGGCAGUAGCCGCUUUGCUGCUGACGCCGCUACAGCCGUACCAGCGCCCGGAGGAGGGCAUGAUGGCCCUGCUGGUAACACUGCUGGUGGGGACGCCGAACAGGCGGGUUGCAUGGCGGUUGCCGCCGCUUGUGCCCAGGACAUCGCCAGACAAUUGGCGGAGGGACCCGGCGGCGGGGUGCCGGUGUAUUUGUACGGACACGCGCACACCGGGCGCCGUACCCUAGCGGAAGUACGGCGACAGCUGGGCUACUUUCAGCGCUCUCAAGCCGGCAACUGGCAGGGCGCAUUAAGUACACUGCCACGAGCGCACCCGCACCCCCAUCCGCAGCACCAAGAGCAGCAGCCAGGUCCUAAUCAGGAGCAGACUCGCAGCCAAGACCAGGGCCAAGAGCAGCGCCAGGUCCCAGCAGCAGCCCAAGCGCUGCCGCUGUUGAGCUGUCCACCCGACCUAGGACCAGCGGCGGCGCCGCCUCGUUCAGGCGUGGUCACGAUCGGCGCCGUCCCAUGGGUCGUUAACUACAAUGUGCCGCUUGUUGGCGUGGAGCCCGGGCAAGCUCGUCAGCUGGCGAGGGCCCUAUCAGAGCGGGGCGGCGGGCUCCCCCAUGUGCAGGCCAUGGCCCUGCUGCAUGCCGACGGCUGUGUGGAGGUCGCAUGCAACCUGCUCGACGCCGCCGUCACGCCGCCGGAGGUGCUGCAGCGACGACUGGCGGAGCUGGCGGCGGCGGCGGGGCUGCCGGCGGCGGCAGUACGGCGGGGCUACUGUACGAACAAGAGCCCGGAGGAGCUGCUGCGGAUAGCUGCGGAAGCGGCGGCGGCGGCGGAAGGUGCAAUCUGAGAGGUUGCUGAGCGGGAGUGAGCCCUAGCGCGGCGGGCGUCGUGGGGCGUCAUGAGGAGGGGCGGUGUGGCCAUCGCAGGGCUCCCUUCUUAGGGUGUGUGCGGUAACUCCGCCGCGUGCGCUCAUGUGACAUGAGUCAUGUGACACGUUUGGACCGAUGGCUAAGUGAGGCCGAUGCGACCUGGGCAGGGAAGCUGUGACCUGGACCGCUGCCGGUGCCAGCAUCGGCAUGGGUAAGCGCCUAAGCGGGGGGAUGCAUGUGCGCAUGGCAGCAAGAGCUGUGCGGCUUGGGUGGCACGGACCAGCCAGCGGAGCGGUUUAAACGAGGCACUAGGGUGGAUGGAUGGAGGAGCUGCGUCUACGACAACGGGCUGGCAGUGAUUGUUGCGUUGGUUGCAAGGCCCGGGGCUGUGAAUGGAAGGGGGUUUGGCGGCUCUGGGUGGCAAUGCCAGGUUACUGCUUAGCUAUCUUUCAUGAGAGACAAAGGGUACGAAUGAGAGGUAACGGGUGCGACCGGUAGUGGACGCA